ACGGACAGCACUUGCUGUGCAACCCUGCGUUAACAUGUCUUCUGACGAAUGGUGGAGAAAUUCUUCUUUUCGCGUCAAAAAAAACGCGGUGCACCACAACUCGAUAAAUUUGUUUGUUGCAUUUACAUUUAUUUUUUUUUUUGACAAAAGAGCAGUGCCCAAAGUUAACUAGCAAAGAAAUGGCGAAACGAAGACAGCUAAAAUAUCCUAAUUGAGCUCUAUCUCUGCUGUUUCGCGACUGACCCUUUUUUGUGGGCACCAACAAUAUACUAUAAUCAGUAUAAACUCAGGCGAUUGCAGUUUUGAUCUCCAAAUUUUUUUACUAUAAAAGACAUCAGAAGACAUUUUAGCGCAGGUUGCACCACUAGUGCUGCCCGUUUGUUUGAGCAUCUGGUAUAGUUUAAGAUAAGCGUUACUCACCAGUGAAAAUACCAGAGCUAAAAUCAAAUUAAAAACUUAUAGCUUAGGUACCUAUGUACAAUAUGUAUACUUUAUGUUAUUCGACUUGGUCAACUGUAGCGCACGUAGCUAAUAAUUGACAAUAGCAAGCCGGUUAGCUCUUAUUGAGCGAGUUUUUUAUAUAUGUAUGUAUGUAUGACUGCGGCCUGUUAUCAGAUAGCUAUUGCUGGUGUUGCUAUAACUUCAGUGGUUUAUAUUUGUUGUUGUUGUGUUUACUUUGUGUUUUUCUUGUUAUUAUUGCUUUUAUUUUUACACUUUAAUUAUAAUUUGUUAUGACUAUUGUUGUUGUUGCUGCCGACGAUGGCUUGUGCGCUGGCGGUCUAGUUCUUGACGCUGUUGCCUUAAUAAGUUAAAAAAUAUUUUAUUUACAUACAUACUUGUUGCGUUCUCCAACCGCCGCCUUCCAUUUGCUUCGACAGCUACAGCGGCCAACCAGCCAGUCCGCAACGACUCCUGCAGCCGCUACGUGGGAUUCUGAAUUUCAGUUGAAGUUUUGCUCUUCACCGAUUCGCAUCAUCUGCUAUCUCUACUGGAGCUCAUUCAUUUCGUCGUUCGAAAGUCUUUCGAAGUGCAUUUGCAUUGCCGCAUGAUUCCAGUCCGUUGGACACAAAACGGAUAUUCAGCAAAUAGAAACAACCCCUUUAAACUGGUGUCUGGUUAGCCAGACUGACGGCAGCAUUUUUUUGCAAUUUUUUUUUGCUGAAUUUGUAAUUUUCGUUGUAUUUUCAAAGCUUUACGUGUAUAUAACAAUUACAACAACAAUGACCAACAUCAGGAAAGCUGCUUCUUCUUUGCAAAAGCUCUUCGUUUGCGGUGCCUUGAAAUAUGGCCAACCUGGUCACUCCAUUCUCGCCAAUUCAGGCAAUGGUUAUGCAAAAUUCUGGUGCCGCGCCACAACCACCGAAAAACUGCCGCUUGUGAUAGCUACACGUUAUAAUAUUCCCUUUCUGCUGAACAAACCUGGUAUAGGUAACUAUGUAUUGGGUGAGAUCUACGAGGUAGACGACAAAAUGCUGUUAUCGCUAGAUAAUUUGGAGGAUUGCCAGGAUGUGUUCACACGAGAGAUGCAUGACAUGAAUAUCGGUGUUGGUGAAGGCACCGUGCCUUGUUGGGUGUAUUUACUGCAAAAGUAUCCCGAAAAGCUGCUCUCUCUGGAAUAUUUGUCAAGCUAUCAGAACAGCGCCGCUCACCCCUAUGUCAUGCGUAAUCGUCGUACACACAAGCAUCCACCUCAAGAGGACCUUGCCUACACUGCUGCCUAAAUUGUGUCGAGCUCUAUAGUGUGGUAGUCAUUGAUCUAUUUACUACUAAGCAAUAGAUAAUUGGUCAACUGUGUGAUUAGCAUUUACUUACUGUGAACUUGUAUUGAAUGGAAGGCUUGCAUUGUUUCCUCGGUUUCAAUUUUAAGAAAUGGAGUGCAGCUUAUAAAAAUUCUAAUAUCAAUAUUAGCUGAACUAUUGUAUAUUUUUUAAAGUAGCUAUAUAACAUCUUUAUGUAUGUAUAAACUUUUAUGUUUAAUCAACACCUGGUCUUUAUAAUAUUACCUAAAAUCAAUUUAUAAAGGAUUUUUCGAGUAAGCAUAAUAAUGUCAAUUAGUACGUAUUAUAAAGCAGUAAUAUUAAGAAUUUUGUGAAUAAAACAUUUGAUAAGAAACGCA